AGCAAAUUAACAGGCCUAAAUUUUUAAACGUAGUUUGGAAAAAAAGAAAAAAAGGAAAACCCUACUUCUAAAUUUCGGCCUCACUCUGUUUUGCUUGGGCUGUCAAGCACAAACGAUCCUUAAACUGACUUUGAACCUGCGUAGAAUUCCCGACUGGUUGAUAGAUUCUCAUCCACUACAAAGCCAGCAUCAUGCCUACCGUGAACGUGGUGAGAGAUCGUCUGUUCGAAGCCCUAGGAAGAACUUACACUCAAGAGGAGUUUGAGGAUCUCUGCUUCAGUUUUGGUAUAGAGCUGGAUGAUGUGACAACUGAUGAAGCAAUGAGUAGAAAAGAGAGGCAUGAAGAAGGAAUAAUGAACGAGGGUGAAGAAAUUAUUUAUAAAAUUGAAGUUCCUGCUAACAGAUAUGAUUUACUUUGCCUUGAGGGGCUAGCUCAAGCCCUCCGUAUUUUCAAUAAGCAGGACAAGGUGCCAACUUAUGCCCUUUCGAAUAUUAAGAAGGAAGCAAUGCAUAAGAUGCAUGUAAAACCAGAGACAUCAUCCAUUCGUCCCUAUGUUGUUUGUGCUGUUUUAAGAGAUAUUACAUUUGAUGAAGCGAGGUACAACAGUUUCAUCGAUCUCCAAGACAAGCUUCAUCAAAAUAUUUGUAGGCGGAGAACAUUAGUUGCAAUUGGGACUCAUGACUUGGAUACAUUACAAGGUCCUUUCACUUAUGAGGCUUUGCCUCCUCAAGACAUAAAUUUUGUUCCUUUGAAACAGGUCAAAAGCUACAGAGCCGAUGAGCUAAUGGAGUUUUACCGGGAGCACGAUUUGAAGCUGAAGAAGUUUUUACACAUAAUUGAGAAUUCACCAGUGUUCCCUGUCAUAUAUGACAGUAAGAGAACUGUUUUAUCUCUGCCCCCAAUUAUUAAUGGUGCACAUUCAGCUAUCACUUUGAAGACGAAGAAUGUUUUCAUUGAAUGUACAGCCACUGAUCUGACAAAGGCUAAGAUUGUUUUAAACACAAUGGUAACGACUUUUUCAGAAUAUUGCAAGAGAAAAUUUGAGGUGGAACCAGUUGAAGUUAUAUAUUCUGAUGGGAAGUCAUAUGUCUAUCCUGAUUUGUCUGUCUAUAAUAUGGAAGUUCCAUUGUCAUAUAUUACUGGUGCAAUCGGGGUCUCUUUGAAGUCUGAAGAGGUCACAAGUUUGUUAAAUCGGAUGCAAUUGCGUGCCGAGCAUUCUACAUCAGGGGCUGACCAAAGCAAUAUCAUUGUAUCUGUACCUCCAAGCAGAAGUGAUGUUCUUCACCCAUGUGAUGUUAUGGAGGAUGUUGCAAUAGCUUAUGGGUAUAACAAUAUUCCAAAGAGGAAACUACCAUCAUUGAAGCCACUAGCAUUGAAUCAGCUUGAGGAUCUUAUCAGAGUUGAGGUUGCAAUGAAUGGGUUUACAGAGGUUUUGACAUGGAUUUUAUGCUCUUAUCGGGAGAAUUUUUCCAUGUUAAAUCGAAAAGAUGAUGGAUCAACUGCUGUGAUCGUUGGGAAUCCUCGGUCCUCUGAUUUUGAGGUUGUCCGAAGCAGCCUCAUGCCUGGAGCUUUGAAAAUAAUAGGACAUAAUAAAGACCACCCAAAGCCAAUAAAGAUAUUUGAAGUGGGAGAUAUAGUACAGCUAGAUGAGAGUAAAGAUGUUGGUGCGGCAAAUCGUCGUCUACUUGCAGCUCUAUAUUGUGGCACUAACUCAGGAUUUGAGUUGAUUCAUUCCUUGGUUGACAGAGUUAUGGAAGUGAUGGGAACUCCUUUUGUACCGGUUGGUGACAAUACAGGAUAUUACAUCAAGUGUUCUGAAGCACCUGAGUUUCUUCCGGGUAGACAAGCUAGCAUCAUUUACAAGGGGAAGUGCAUUGGUAUUUUUGGUAUUGUGCACCCUGAGGUUUUGAACAACUUCGACGUCCCCGAUCCAUGUUCCUUCUUGGAACUUGACAUUGAGUGUUUCUUGGAACUUGACAUUAAGCGUUUCUCGUAGGGCGAUGACUCUGACAACAAAUGAUGCAGGUAUGGCAUUGUUACAUAGCCUGCUUAUAUACACUUUUGCCUGGGGGAGCAAUUUUUGCAGUCAAACAUCUGUGUAGGAGAAUAUUUUUGGCAAGCUCAGCUUGGGCAAAACCUCUCUUUUACAAAGUUUAUCCCAUUGAUAUUGUACUAUUUGUAACAGCCGAAGAGAAUUUGUUUGUUAUCAACUAAAACGGCAAAUAUUUUGUUUAAUUUAAUCAUUUCUGGAAAAAAAAAAUUGGUGCUAUUAAUUUGAAAUGUUAUAAAUAAAACUUUUUGAAGUCAUUUCUGUU